GAAACAGCCAGGUCGGCGCGGCGGCGCGCGGGGCGGGCUCUCCAGCUCCCGCGACGUUGGCGGCGGCUCGCGCCCCAGCGCGCGCCUGGGCGCCUUGGAGCCCCGCCGUUGGGUCCUGCCCAGGGUCCGCGGCCCAGCGUGAGGCAAGAUGUUGAGGCGCAGCCUGGAGAACCGGGACGCUCAAACCAGACAACUGCAAGAUGCUGUCACGAAUGUGGAGAAGCAUUUUGGAGAGCUGUGCCAAAUCUUUGCUGCGUAUGUGCGCAAAACUGCCAGACUGCGAGACAAAGCGGACCUGCUGGUGAAUGAAAUCAACGUGUACGCCUCGACAGAGACCCCCCAAUUAAGACAGGGCCUGAAAAACUUUGCUGAUGAGUUUGCCAAACUUCAGGAUUAUCGACAGGCAGAGGUUGAAAGACUUGAAGCCAAAGUAGUUGAACCUUUGAAAGCUUACGGAACCAUUGUAAAAAUGAAACGGGAUGACCUCAAAGCCACAUUAACAGCAAGGAAUCGAGAAGCUAAGCAGUUAACCCAGUUAGAAAGGACACGUCAGCGAAACCCAUCCGACCGACAUGUUAUUUCACAGGCUGAAACAGAAUUACAGAGAGCUACAAUGGAUGCUACCCGAACAACACGUCACCUGGAGGAAACAAUUGACAACUUUGAAAAACAGAAAAUAAAAGACAUAAAGAAUAUAUUUUCAGAAUUUAUCACUAUUGAAAUGUUAUUUCACGGCAAAGCUUUAGAGGUCUACACUGCUGCCUUCCAAAAUAUACAAAAGAUUGACGAGGAAGAAGAUUUAGAGGUUUUCCGAAACACAGUGUAUCCACCAGAUUAUUCAUCUCGUUUAGAUAUUGUAAGAGCAAAUUCAAAGUCACCUCUUCAGAAAUCUCUGUCAGCCAAGUGUGUACCUGGAACCGGACAGGUAUCCUCCACCUACCGACUGAGAAAGGAUCAACAAGUAGAUGAGGAGGAUGAGGAUGAAUUAGACAUGACAGAUGAAAAUUAA